AUGGACAUACUCCAAGCGACAAAGGCAGUCUUCUUCCUCGGUACACCACAUCGUGGCAGCCACGUCUUGGAAAAGCUCUUUGCCCAGACUGGUCUCAAAUUGGGUAAGAUGAUGUUGCAUAAGCAAAUGCCCGCGCAGAUCAAGACUGCUCUGCAACCUCGAACCAGCGAGUCAUUCAUCUGCAACUCAGACUUUGUCAAGAUCAAGGGGUCUAUCGCCAUAGUGAAUUUUUACGAGCAGGUAAACCUGCCAGGCUUAGGUGAGCUCGUGGUCGAUAAGGACUCAGCCGUCUUCGACAGUGAGAAGGCUGAAAAUAUACCGAUUGCCAGAGACCAUCGGCGCCUGGUGAGAUUCACUGGACCUGAAGAUGAUGCGUACCGAACGCUGCUUGAAACAUUGAAGAGAAAGAUUCGAGUAUUUCUACUUGAGACUGACCCGGCGAAAAGUACUGAUACCCUCACCCAGAUGUCUAGAGAUUGUAUUGCAAGCCUCGCAGUACCACUUGCGUGGCGCCGUGGCAAGAGGCCGAUCGAACCUCAUCGAGCCACCCUGCGGUGGUUCUGGGAACGCGAGGGCAAGUUUCUUAAAUGGCUUACCCGCGGCGCAGGCCUCUUCUCCAUUGAAGGUAAGCCAGGAAGCGGGAAAACUGUCCUCAUGGGGGAUAUGGUAAGCAAAGCAAGGCAAUUCAGCGAGAUGGACGUUCUCGUCCAUCACUUUUUCAACAAACGCGGCCAGAUCAUUGAGCAUUCGUUUCAAGGAUUUUUGCAGUCCGUGUUGGAGCAGAUUCUACGCCAGCAGCCGAGCUUAUUUGAGCACAUGCUGCAAGACUGGUAUACGAUGCAAGACCCUCAGCAAAUGACACCAAACCACUGGCCGGAAUGGUUGUUGAAACGAGCUCUCACUCGGGUGAUUGCACUAGGAUCCACAACUCUGCGAUUCCUUAUGAUCUUUGAUGCUCUUGACGAAUGUCAAUCUGAGAUUGACAUUGUGGAGAUCCUGAGCUUCCUGAAGGUGCUGUUAGAUGGCACUCUAGGGAAGAACGUACGCAUCGUAUUUUCUUGCAGAUAUUUACCCGACACAUCGAACCUGAAUCCGGCCGAGUGCUUGCGAAUGGAACAUCACAAUCAAUCGGAUAUAGCAAACCUUGUCCACGACGUUUGGUCUUCCUCCAUACCAAUGGACGCGCCAGCAGAUGAGUUCCAGGAGCUGAAGAAAGCCAUCAUCAAGAAAGCUAACGGUAUUUUUCUGUGGGUGCGCCUGGCGUUGGACCGUGUAACUAAAGCCGUCCGCGACGGUGGAACAUCUGAUGAAAUUCGCGAGACCAUUGAUGAGCUUCCCGGCGAGCUCAGCGGUAUAUUCGAAAUGCUUCUCGGCCAUCCUGCACAGAAGCACCGAGAAGAGACCCACGCUAUGUUGAGCAUGGCGCUGACGGCCAAGAAGCCGCUGACCAUAGAGGAGUUUAGGCUGGUCCUGAAUCUUUGCUCUGACGAUGCUAUAAGCUCUCUCGCCGAUAUGAACCGGUCAACGAAGCUGGUGUCAAAUUAUCAAGUCAUGCAGAGAAGGAUACGAAGCCGCUGUGGGGGGCUUCUAGAAGUUGUGCCUGCCGACAGACUCGAUACCGCUGAGGAGGUUGGAGAAACGGCGCGGAACGAAAGCCGCCAAGUCGUGCAGUUUGUGCAUCAGUCUGUGAAGGACUUUCUUUCUCUUCGGAGCCAGGAUAAGACGACCGGCUUGCCGAGUCCAGAACAGUUUGAAAAGGACGGACACGCGAGGCUCACAAGAGCAUGCCUCCAGUAUCUUCGCAUGAGUGAGACGUACCGGUUGUUGAGGUCGUCUCCAAACACCACGCAUUACGACUUAUCCUUGCUGGCCGUCCGCAAGAAUUUGGUCAGCCUCGUGGAGCACCUGUGCAAGACGGGGGAGCUUGUUCAUGAAACCCGUUUCGAGGCUGAUAUAGUGAGCCACAUGUCGCUUGCUGUCACACGAGGAUCGCACGAGGCGAUCAAAAUACUGUUAGCCUACGGGGCCGACCCAAAUGCUCCAGGUGAACUUGCCCUGCCCAUCGCCUGCAAGACUGGCAAUCUUGAUAUUCUCCGAAUGCUAUUGGACGCUGGAGCAAGGUUCGAAAACGAAUCAUUACUCUCGGGCUCGAAGCUUCGGAACCGCAUACUACGCCCAUCUCACAACGCAAUCGCCAUGGCCGCAUACUCUGGCGAUGCGGAGGUUGUUCGGCUCGUCUUGAAACUUGACCCUGACGCGCUUGCCAACCCUUGGAACCAGCAUCUGGCCGUGAUGCAGCUCUUGGCCGGCGCAGUAAAUUUUCAAGCGGAGGAGGCGAACUUGAUGACAAUCACGGCCAAGCUGCAGUCCAGAACGUCAACCCUCAUGUCGUUACUCACCACUGGAAGUAUUGACUUUGGUUCCGUAUUUGGGGCCGAGCAGGGUUCCGCGGUCAUGACUAUGCUGUGCGCAGUCAUGGGCUUUUCCAAAGAGGCAUUGGACAUGCUGUUUGAGAUGAAUAUCGCGUUGACGCCGAGAGCACUGACCUUUUUGCUCGCCAUGGUAGCCUCGGGAGGGCCAUUGAGUGCGAUGCAGCAGCUGGUCUGUCUCGGCGGCGCUAGCAUGGUCGUUGAGUGCUCAUCCCAUGACGCCGACAACCUCUUACACCUGGCAGCUGUGAAUGAGGAUCCCACGAUGGCCGGGUACAUGCUCGAACUAGGUAUUGACUUGAACGCACAGAACACUGAUGGCGAGAGCCCACUACAUGUUGCGGCGUCGUUCGGAACCAGGGCACAAGUAGAGCUACUUCUCGAUCGUGGGGCCGACACGUCGCUGCUGACGCUUCGAGGACGAACGGUCUUUCACUUGGCAUUGCUCAACCCCAAGUUGAGACCCUGCAAGGCGCUACUGGCUCGACUGUUCGCCACGGACGCGAGCCAGCACAUUGCAGACCGAGACGGAGUUCUACCCAUUCACUUGGCCGCAGCGCAGGGAUGGCUGGCGACAGUUGAAUGGCUAAUCGAGAUCGGAGCCGACAUUUUUAGCCGCGACAAUCAGGGCCGCACGCCGCUUCACACAGCAGCAGCCUCCAUGGGCAUUGACUCGACGGCAGUGGUCCGGUUCCUCGUCGACAAAGGCUUGGAAGUGGAAGACGCAGACGAAGGAGGCAUGACGCCGCUGCACCACGUGUUGUACAGCUACGAUGUAUUGCAUAAAGACGCGUUUGAUCCCGAGGUAUCAUUGGCGAAUGCUCGAUACCUGCUGCAACGCGGCGCGAACGUUAACGCGAAGGACCUUGAGGGGACAACGCCGCUUCACCUGGCCGCAUGGCGUGGCAAUUCUGCGGUGGUGAAGCUGCUGCUGAAGUCGGGCGCCGACGUUGAAGCGCGGAAUCGAGCAGAUGUGAAGCCAAUAGAUCAUGCUAAAGAAGACGAGAUUUGGGAGCUUCUCGAAUUGGCAGCGAGGAUCUGA